AUGGAUCGGUUAUUAAGGUUGGGUGGGGGAAUGCCCGGAUUAAGUCAAACUUCUCCGCAAAAUGAUGCUCCUGUCGUGGAUACCGCGGAACAGGUUUACAUAUCAUCAUUAGCUUUAUUAAAAAUGUUAAAACACGGACGUGCGGGUGUUCCGAUGGAGGUUAUGGGUUUAAUGUUGGGUGAAUUUGUCGAUGAUUACACCGUUCGUGUCAUCGAUGUAUUUGCUAUGCCUCAAACAGGUACCGGAGUGAGUGUUGAAGCAGUGGAUCCCGUUUUCCAGGCUAAAAUGUUGGAUAUGUUAAAACAAACGGGAAGACCUGAAAUGGUUGUAGGAUGGUAUCAUUCUCAUCCAGGAUUUGGGUGUUGGCUCUCCGGUGUCGAUAUAAAUACUCAACAAAGUUUUGAAGCAUUGUCUGAAAGAGCUGUUGCUGUUGUUGUCGAUCCAAUUCAAAGCGUUAAGGGUAAAGUGGUAAUAGAUGCAUUUCGAUUAAUAAAUCCGAACAUGAUGGUUUUGGGACAAGAACCUAGGCAAACAACAUCGAAUUUAGGACAUUUACAAAAACCAUCAGUUCAAGCGCUUAUACAUGGGCUAAACAGACAUUAUUACUCCAUAAGUAUUAAUUAUAGAAAAAAUGAAUUGGAGCAAAAAAUGCUGUUAAAUUUACAUAAGAAAUCGUGGAUGGAUGGUCUCAUGCUUGCAGAUUAUGCAGAGCAUUGCAAAUUAAAUGAAACCACAUGUUCGGAUAUGUUGGAUCUUGCUAAAAAUUACAACAAGGCACUCGAAGAAGAAGAAAAAAUGACUCCGGAGCAGUUAGCAAUUAAAAACGUCGGUAAACAAGAUCCUAAACGACAUUUGGAAGAAAAAGUCGAUACGUUAAUGACGACGAACAUUGUACAGUGUUUAGGAGCCAUGUUGGAUUCGGUCGUUUUUAAAUGA